AUGGAGGAGUCAGUUAACCUGGGCUACAUUAUCAUUGCCCGUAAUUUCUUUUCUCUUUUCAACAAUAUCCCCAAUGCUCAGAUCAUUCGGCGAACCGUGCGCGAAUUCAAUGCAUCCAGCUAUGAUGGUAUUCUGGAGGAGUUCAGGAAGUGCUGUCGAGCGAUGGUGUUCUUCGGACACGCUGUAAAACUGCGAACCUUUAUGAUAAGCGCCUAUAAAGCUGGCUUGACCUCAGAAGAAUACGUAUAUGUGGCGAUGGGACAAGCAUUUCCGUACGAACCGUUUGGUAACUACACAUGGGAGUACGGUGAUGCCAAUGACGACAUCGCCAAACAAGCUUACCAAAAUCUACUGGUAGUGGAAAUUUUUGACGCUACAAUUCGUAAUCCAUCGAACGCGCUGCGACAUAAUUGGGAAGAAACGGCAAAAAUCCAGUAUAACUGCACAAUCGGUUGGAAUGACACACCGGUGCAACAUGUGGCCGCAUCAUACAGUUCGGUGGAGUUGCUCUUCCAAAUGGUAAAUCAAACUCUUUUGAGGAAUCUGGCUUUAACUACAGCGAUGGAAAAGCGUUUGCUAAUCGCAUUCGACGAAUUUGGCCAGCGACGUAUUGCGUUUGUGGUAAAAUCACUGAAUCCCAGAACAAGCCAUAUGGAGACAGUAAUGUUUGGGGAUUAUGGUAGUAGUGAUAUUCAAGAAAACGGCACAAUUUACUGGGCAGGUAAUGCCAACAAUAGGCCUCCGCGAAACGAGCCGAUUUGCGGAUAUUUAGGCAACAAAGGACCCUGCGCUGCCAAAGAUGAGUUAAGAGAAACCAUCGGCAUUGCCGUGGGGGUUUUGGUGGUUGUGUGCGGCAUCAUGGUUACCGUGGCUUAUCGCAUGUUUCGGCAACGACUGCAGUCUGAUUCGGAAGAAUUUUCCUGGAUUCUUGAUUAUAACCAUUUAGUGCGUCCAGCUGCUCUGCGGUCAACAGAAUCACCAACAGAACAUAGUUACUCGGCGAUGUAUCUACCAGUGCAGCAAGCUGUCUGGAUUUGUCCCAUGCCACUGCUCGACAAUGCUGUCAUGGAGACUUUUAACACACCUUCCAGAUCUACGGCUCGACUAAUUCAUGAGCUGCGACAUAUUAGCUCAGACAACGUCAAUGUUCUCCUCGGAUUAAGCUUAGCGCUAAGUAAAACGCAAUUACUGUUUGUUGCGCCGUUCUGUGACCGGGGCUCUCUCCAUGACCUUUUCGAUUUGCAAAACCGCUUGGACAUGGACCUACAAAAUUCGUUAGCUGUGGAUCUUAUUCGAGUCAGUAACGGUUAA